UACACAAAACAAAAGUACUAAAAAGCUUUUGUAAACAAGAAAAAUUAAUAAUUUGGUUACACCUUCAUGACGUAGAGAAAGACGACGAAAACGCAUCUAAACGGGUCGCGAGACACUCUAGUCUCCCCAAUCAUUCUGAACAACAAAUGGCAGUCUGCGGCCUUUCCCUACAUCAAGGAAGCACGGAAAGCCGCAAAACUCUAGAACAAAAAUUUAUUUUUCAAAUCGGCGCUCGUAAUCCUCACGGUAUCAACGAACGCUUUUCAUUCAACUAAUUUAUUCUGUCUGUUUCUCACGUUACCAUGUACCAACCAAUAGCGUAGCUCCAUCUUUCUGUAUAUAAACCACACACAACCCACAAUUCCUCGAUUCGCUCCGAUGAAGGGCUAACGCUUAAAACGUCAGCUUUCGAAUCUCUUUACGGUGGCCAAUUCGCAUUACCAACCCAGUUGAUAAAACCAAAUUAUCUUGGAGUGUAUACACUCCAAGUCCUUCUAAUGACAAACAGUUCACCAACUGUACGACUCGUAAACCAUUGUUUCACCACCCGUACGUCUCGUACGAAUCGUACGAGUCGCGGACUUGUAUAUACACUCUAAGUCUCUCUAAUGAUAUACAAACCAAGAUAUUUUCUUUGAAAAACGUUAAUGGAACCGGCAGACUUAUUUAUAGCUGUGUAGCAAGCGGAUCCUUUGUUUGCCUAUCAGUUGUUCAACCGUCUCUUUUUAAAACGUGAUUAACGAGAUAAUUACAGUUUGCAAUCUCUUUCUACUUUUCAAAUACAUAUCUAGCUGUAAACUAUUACGUCAGCAGAGAUGAGCUUCACGUCCGUUCGAAUUCUGGGACCCAUUCAGCCUCGAUCUGAGUACAUCACACAAUGUGAUCGCGGGUUCUGGAAUCGAUCAUCAGUUUGGGCCGGCACUCAAAGGAGUAGAACGUAGUAGGUGAAUCAGAAUAAUUCAUCAAUCUCUUCAUUUUUCCUCCAGUGACUCACAUUCAACAGGCCACCGUGGAAAGAAUCAAACGUAGCAUGAAAAGAAGUGAGGUGUGCGCUUAUGAAAGUCAUUUUCCGUCCACCAAGUACUCGAAUCCCAAGUGGUCACAGCUCUGAAAGCUAUAAGCUUAAGGCUACGCAUUGGAUCUUCGCCCUUCAUUGUAUAGCAUUGAUCUAUCACAAUCCUGCGACUCCAGGUGAAACAAGACUUGAUCAUAUGGUUAAAUUGCUAUAAUAUGCAUUUUGAAAAUGGCGUUGGCGGGCUCAAGCUUAUCAAAUGCCUCAAGCAACAUUUCAAUGUCGUUCAACCCAGUGGCAGCUUCCCAAGAUGACCUAGCUGCUGAAUUGAAGUCCAGACCUGUUUCACUCGUAGUCGUCGAGUCGCUGUUUCUUCUGAUUAUCAAUUGUGUGGCGUUUGUCGGUAAUGCCUUGGUCUGCCUUGCAUUUUACAGAAAUUCCAGGCUGCGGAUAAUUCCUAACUAUUACAUCAUCUCUCUAGCGCUGACAGAUUUGCUGACAUCAGUAUUUUCCCUGCCAUUUUCAGUUGGAUCGUUAAUAGCGGGCAGAUGGCCUUUCGGUGACUGGACCUGUCGUCUACAAGGCUAUUGUGUCUUCGCUUUUAGCAUCGCUUCUUUGCACACAAUGGCGCUAACAGCGUGUAACAGAUACAUUCGGGCGGUUCAUUUUCAUCUUUAUCCUAACCUCUACACCUCAAAGCUGACUGUCACGACCGUUCUUCUUAUAUGGGCCUGGGCUCUAAUCUGCAGCGCCCUUCCGUUUAUUUUGGGGAUUUCAACUUUCGUUUUUCAUCCUGGCACCGUAAUUUGUUACAGUUCCCCGUCGUUUACGCCAGCAUCGAUUGUCCUUUUUACCACAACACUCACAAUUAACAUCCCAGCUCCCAUGGCGGUUGUAAUCAUCCUGUACCAUAAAGUAUUCAAAGCCAUUAGACAACAACGCUUUCGAGUUUCAACCGAGAGGAGGCUUAACAAUAACGCUGAGGAAAUAAGACUAGCACAGUUGCUUUUCACGGUAUCUCUUGGCUUUUGUCUGUGUUGGGGUCCUGUUAUGGCCGUGGAAUGCAUUCGAUUCAUUGGUGUGUGGGCUGUGUCAAGGCAAGUGUAUCUUAUAAGUACGUACUUUGGGGCAACCAGUAGUGCCAUAAACGUUUUCAUAUAUGGAGUCAUGAACCGAGCGUUUCGUGUCGAGUUUGUCAAGAUUUUGUGCUGCAAAAAAAGUUGACUGAGUAAAAUGGAGUGAUGCAACUUUACCUUAGGAAGACACAGUGUCCUUACGGGUGGUGCACUGGGCAACAUCGACUCCAGAUCGAGUGGUUCGGGUUCAAGCCCUAGGUGGUGUCAAAUAUUAUGUCGCAUUCUUGGUCAAGAGGCACUUUAUCCACAAAGUAACUCGCUACUAAGAUAUAGAAUCGGGGCAAAUCCCGGGACAACUUUGGACAAGGUAUCUCCAAAAAUCUUAUUUGAGAAGUGCAAUCUGCGAUUUAAGUUCAUUAUACAUGCCACAAAUACAUUUUCUCCUGUACUAUUUUGUCAUUCUGAUCAACACAACCACAUCUUCAGAUAUUUAAAGGUUUGUGUCGUUAUCUACGUCCUGUUUAUUAGGUAGCAAGAGUUUAUCUCAGUUUUAAAUUGCAUUUUUGGAGAAGGGAUAUAAGGUACUUUGGAGUUUGCCGUUGUCCAAUUGCAGUUGUUUUUAAUUAAGGUGGCCGAACACAGUUUCGCGCGCGCUUUUACUGAUGCAAUUCAGCGCGCGCACAAGGAUUG